AUGCCACGAGCAAGACGCGCAAAUAUAGGUCGACGUACGCGUCACAAUACGAAUAGAUUGGAGACAAGAAGAUCACAGACUGAAGAAAUGCGAGCACCAGAAAAUGUGUUACGACAACAAACACAACAUAAUCCAUUGCCAUCACAAGCACGUAUUGCACGUAUUCCACGUCGUCUUGCUAAUGAAAUGGAAUUCUCUGCUUUCAAUUAUAACUUUCGCAACGAUUACGCAAGACAUGCCAACAUUGGUCAAAUGUCAGUGAGAUGUGAAUAUUGUGAUGCAGCCAAAUUCUUAGGUGAAACGGCUGGAAUGUGUUGUGCAAAUGGAAAAGUAAAAUUGCCACUAUUCGAAACACCACCAGAUCCAUUGCGCACAUUGAUCAUGGGAACAUCACCACAGUCGAAGCAUUUUUUAGCUCACAUCCAAGAAUACAAUGCGGUAUUCCAAAUGACAUCAUUUGGUGCAUCGAACAUUGUAAGAGAUAAUUUUAUGCCGACAUUCAAGGUGAUUAGUUCAUGUGGUAUAUCUUCUUCAAUUGGCAAUCUAACCAACACAAUUUUCCGCAAUUUUCAAAAUUCUGAUCCAAUGUGUCCUUAUAUUUCGUUAACAUCGCAGAUUCAAGGUCAGAUUUAUCAUCGAACUGGAUCACUGUUGCCAUUUCCUGAUCGAGAGUUUUCAUUUCUGCAAAUAUAUUUCAUUGGAGAUGCAAAUCGUGAGUUGGAUAGGCGUUGUGCGAUUGCUUCGCAUACUAGACGAGAAAUUGUUUCACAUAUUCAAAGAUUUUUACAUCAGUACAAUGAAUUGGUGACAUUGUUCAAAACCGCGCUUGAUCGUAUGCCAUCUGACAAUCACAGAAUCAUAAUAAGAGCCGACAAAACACCAUUUGGGGAGCAUGCCAGACGAUUUAAUGCACCAACGCUCGAUGAAGUGGCCAUUGUAAUUGUGGGUGGACAAACUUUACCACGCGAUAUUAUAUUGCAUCGACGAAAUGAGCAAUUGCAACGUGUUUCAGAACUUCAUCGCAGCUACGAUGCAUUACAAUAUCCAUUGUUGCAUUGGAAAGGUGAUGAUGGCUACCAUAUCAAUAUUCCUAUGGCCAGAUUGCGUUCGGAAGAAUACAUCCAUUUGCGAGACGCAGUGGUCAAUGAUGGCAACGUAAAUGACAUUGGACGCUUAACGAUAUUGCCCUCAUCAUAUGUAGGCAGUCCGCGCCACAUGCACGAAUACACACAAGAUGCAAUGACAUAUGUGCAUAAAUAUGGCAGACCUGACUUAUUUGUGACAUUUACCUGCAAUCCACAGUGGGCCGAUAUCACCAAUAAUUUAUAUGAUGGACAAAAGUCAACAGAUCGACACGACAUCACCGCCCGUGUAUUUCGUCAAAAAGUCAAAGCAUUGAUGGAUAUGAUUGUCAAAUUAAAAAUAUUUGGACCUGUGCGCUGCUGGAUGUAUUCAAUUGAAUGGCAGAAAAGAGGAUUGCCACAUGCACACAUCUUGAUAUGGCUGGUGCGCAAAAUUACACCGGAUCAAACUGAUGACAUCAUAUCGGCAGAAAUUCCAUAUCAAGCUGUAGAUCCAGAUUUAUUUGAGAUUGUCAAGAAAAAUAUGAUUCACGGUCCUUGCGGUCCACUGAAUAUGAAUUCGCCGUGCAUGAUUGACAGAAAGUGCUCAAAGCGAUACCCAAGACCAUUGACUUCUGACACAAUCACAGGUAACGAUGGAUACCCGCUGUAUCGACGUCGAUCACCAAACGAUAAUGGGCACACAGCAAUGAUCAGAAUGCAGAAUCAAGACAUUGUCAUUGAUAAUUCUUGGGUAGUGCCAUAUAACCCAUUGCUGUCAAAAGCAUUUAACGCACACAUCAAUGUCGAAAUUUGCAAUUCGGUCAAGUCAAUUAAAUACAUCUGCAAGUAUGUAAACAAAGGCAGUGAUAUGGCUGUUUUUGGAGUGACUGAUCCCAAUGCAAACGAUGAAAUUACACAAUACCAAAUGGGCCGCUACAUCAGCACAAAUGAAGCUCUUUGGAGAAUUUUUUCAUUCCCAAUUCAUGAACGUUUUCUUGCUGUUGUUCAUUUGGAAAAUGGCCAGCGUGUUUAUUUUACCAAUGAAAAUGUACUGCAGAGGGUGGAACAACCACCAGCAACAACAUUAACUGCAUUUAUUAAGUUGUGCAGAAGUGAUGAAUUUGCAAGAACUUUGCUGUAUUCGGAUGUACCGCAUUACUACACUUGGGUUGCGUCAUCAAAAAAAUGGCAGCGACGUAAACAAGGAACACCUGUUGAUGGUCAUCCAGGCGUUUUUUUUGCAGACACCAUCGGCAGAGUUUAUACAGUUCAUCCAAAUAACGCCGAAUGUUAUUAUUUGAGAUUGUUGUUAGUUAAUGUUGCUGGACCACUUUCAUUUCAACAUUUACGUACGGUUAAUGGUCAAUUGUGUCAGACAUAUCGUGAGGCAUGUCAGCUUUUGCAAUUGCUGGAAAAUGACUCACAUUGGGAUUUAACACUUCAAGAUGCAGCGAUCGCUUCUGCACCGCAUAAUAUACGUAUGCUGUUCGCCAUAAUAAUAUCAACGUGUUUUCCAUCAAAUCCACUAGAAUUGUGGAAUAAAUACAAAGAUUAUAUGGCUGAAGACAUUUUGAUCCGAAUGCGUCAUCGUACAAGAAAUCAAGAUUUGUUGCUUACAUUGGACAUGUAUAAUGAGGCAUUAAUAGCACUCGAAGAUUUGUGCCUUGCGAUUGCUAAUAAAGCAUUAGGGCAAUUAGGUUUACCUUCUGCCAAUCGUCCAAUGCAUGAUUUAUUUGAUCGAGAAUUACAACGUGAACGAGAAUAUGAUGCAAAUGAAUUGCAAACAUUUGUAAAUUUGAAUGUUCCAAAAUUGAACGUUCAUCAAAGACAUGUUUACGAUACCAUCAUGCAAGCAGUGAACAAUCGGACUGGUGGAUUGUAUUUUUUGGAUGCGCCUGGUGGUACGGGAAAAACAUUUGUCAUAUCACUGAUUUUGGCUGCCAUUCGAUCGCAAAACAAAAUUGCACUGGCACUAGCUUCGUCUGGAAUUGCGGCGACUUUAUUGGAUGGUGGACGAACAGCACACUCCGCAUUAAAAUUGCCAUUGAAUGUACACGUGCUUGAAAAUCCCACAUGCAAUAUUUCAAGGAAUUCUGCAAUGGCAAAAGUUUUGCGGCAAACAGACAUCAUUUUAUUGGAUGAAUGUACGAUGACUCAUAAAAAAUCGCUAGAAGCACUUGAUCGGACAUUGAAAGAUAUACGUGGCAAUGCUGGAAUAUUUGGUGGUGCAUUAAUUUUGUUGUCCGGCGAUUUUCGCCAAACAUUACCAGUGAUUCCAAGAUCAACACCGGCGGAUGAGAUCAACGCAUGCUUAAAGUCAUCGAUUUUGUGGCGACAUGUUCAAACUAUGACACUGAAUAUUAACAUGCGUGUUCAGUUGAACAAUGAUCCAUCUGCAUAUCACUUUUCAAAACAAUUGUUGGACAUCGGCAAUGGUAAAAUUCAAAGCACCAACGGAUUUAUAACGUUGCCAAACAAUUGUUGCACCAUUGUUGAAUCUCAUGAUGAACUAAUUGAUCGCGUCUUUCCAAACAUUGUUGGAAAUAUUAUGAAUCAUACUUGGUUAAGAGAACGCGUAAUACUGUCACCAAAAAAUGUUAAUGUAAAUGACAUUAAUUUUGAGAUUCAAGAAAAAUUGCCAGGUGUCGUAACAUCAUAUAAAUCAUUCGACAGCGCAAUGAAUCAAGAUGAUGCAGUAAAUUAUCCAAUUGAAUUUUUGAAUUCUUUGGAACCGCCUGGUAUGCCGCCUCAUUGCUUGAAUUUAAAGAUCGGCUCAUCCAUCAUUUUGUUACCCACAAUAUUGACUGGCACAGCGAAAGGUGAUGUUGUGCUUAUACCACGUAUUCCGAUAAUCCCGCCUGACAUGCCUUUCGAAUUUAAGCGCUUGCAAUUUCCAGUGCGCCUGGCAUUUGCAAUGUCGAUAAAUAAAGCACAAGGGCAAACGCUUAAAGUACCUCUUCGCUUAGAAAAGUGGUCCCAGUUUGCUAAUAACCUAAAAGACAUUUCAAAGAUACAAAUUCCACGGUGGGUAAACUAUUCCCCCGAAUACAAAGUGGAACUACACGGCUUCUGCGACGCCUCUGAAAAGGCAUAUUGUGCCACUAUUUAUGUGCGCACACAAAGCGAUAUUGCCACCACAAGCCACCUACUGGCGGCAAAAGCAAAAGUCGCACCGCUAAAAACGAUAAGUCUACCACGACUUGAACUCUGUGGCGCUCUGCUAUUAGCCAAGCUAGUCUCCAUGGUGCAGACUCACUUGAACAUGGCAAAAUACAAGUUAUAUCUAUGGUCCGAUUCCGAAAUAGUUCUAGCCUGGUUGGAAAAACCACCACAUGCGUGGAAAACAUAUAUUUCCAACAGAACUUCUCAAAUACUUGACCUAGUAGGAUCAGCCACUUGGCGACACGUAGCCAUCGAAAAAUCGACACCUACCACACAAUAUUGGAUGAUAAUGACAUCCUUGAAUGAUUUUCAUCGUUCCCCCGAGCACUCAGAGUAG